AUGAUUGAUAUUAUUUAUUUAUCUAAACCUGUUCAUAAACCUGUACUUCUUAUCUAUCUAUCUAUCUAUCUAUCUAUCUAUCUAUCUAUCUAUCUAUGUUUUAUUCUGUUCAUUAUCUAUCUAUCUAUCUAUUUUGUUCUGUUCAUAUCUAUCUAUGUUUUAUUCUCUUCAUAUCUAUGUUUUAUUAUGUUCAUUAUCUAUCUAUCUAUCUAUCUAUCUAUCUAUCUAUCUAUUGCACUUGUUUUUUCAACUUCCUUUUUUUUUUUUUCUUUCUUUCUUUCUUUCUUUCUUCUUCUUCCUCUUCUUCUUCUAAAUGCUAUCUCUAUUUCUUUUCGAAUGAUCACCUUCUCCCUUUAUCUUUUCCAAUAUCUAUCUAUCUAUCUAUCUAUCUAUCUAUCUAUCUAUCUAUCUAUCUCAGAUAGAAAAAUACAUUUAUACCAUAACACUAUCUAUCUCGGUCAAUGCAUAUCUAUCUAUCUAUCUAUCUAUCUAUCUAUCUAUCUAUCUAUCUAUCUAUCUAUUAUGGAACCUUACCCAUAA